CCCAUGCGAGAUCCCGCGCUGCCCCCGCGUUCCCACUCUUCCCACCCGCUCGCAACCAUCCCCACGUAGGAUUUCACCCCCACGUCGGCGUCCAGCGCGCGGCGGAAGCGUCGGCUGCAGCUUUUGCCUCGACGGUACUGCCUGCCGCCGACUAUAUAGCCGCGCCUCCCACACGAGCUGGUCACGCAAAGACCACCAAAUAUCUCUCUAUCUCUCUCUCUAAUCCCAAAGCAGGGGCAGCGCCGGAAGCAGCAGCGGCAGUAGCAGCUAGCGGCACACAACAACUACAGCACAGCAAGCACACGAGGAGGAGGAAAAAGAAGAAGGCUCUGUCUACAGCUCUGCACUUGUGCUUCUACACGUAUGGGGAACUGCGCCAUCACGCACCAGGCCGCGUCGUGGGCGGACGACGGCGAGUGGGAGCUGCCGUCGCCGGGCGACGACGACGAGGGGCGCGCGGAGGAGAAGAAGGAGCGCGUCAGCGAGGUGACCAUCAGGAUCAGCAAGCGGCAGCUGCAGGAGCUGGUGGACAAGAGGGCCGCCGACGACGGGCACGGCCACAUCUGGAAGAGCCGGCGGUCGGCGUCUGAGCUUCUGACGGACAUCAUGAACGCCGGGGAGGUACACCACCACGUCGAGCACUGCAGGGCGGCGCACUGGAAGCCCGCUCUCCAGAGCAUCCCGGAGGCCGUGGAGUCGUGACGCUACGCGCCCGCGCGUGCCGGCCAUGGCAUCCGCCGGGUUUGAGUUUCUCGUCUCUUUCCUGGUUGCUUCUUCGCCGUGUCUUUUGGCGGAACACAGCUUUCGGGCGGCCUUUUUGUGUGAUUCUUUGGUUUUAGAUCCAACGAACAAUGUAUAUUACAUACUAGUAGGGAAAAGUGGUGAUGCAAAUUGUAAAGUAGAUCGAUGUUCUGUUCAUCUGUCCAUACGCCUUUUUGUGUGUGGAACAAGCAAGCAUUCUCAGUUGA